AUGUUUAGUGCUUUGUUCAAGUGUAUAGCUCUAUAUCUAAAAAAAGGACAAUUCCUGUGGCAUCCACUGUGCAGGUGUAUAAAGCCCCACCUCACCAUCUAUGUGUGUCAGCAACAGGCCAGGAAUCAACCACAGACCAGGAAUCAACCACAGACCAAGCCAGGGGGGGAGAGGGUAGGUCUCCGUAUUACAUCCCACAGAAUCUCUGUUGAACAUUCCUCUUAGUCCAGGACUAGGCUGGAAAAAAUCUGUCUCUCUGUUUGGGAAACCAGCCCCAUAUUUUUUAACUGAUUAUGAUCUCUUCCCUCCCAUGUCCACAGUAUACCACACUCUCUAUCUAGAGGACCUGACACUGUGGGACCUCUCAGAGAAGAUGGCUCUCCUUUACAAUAUAACUCCCCAGCAGAUCAGCCACAUCUACAGACAAGGACCUACUGGGAUCCACGUGCUGGUCUCUGAUGAG